AGCCUGCAAGAGGCCGGGGUAGCCGUGAGUGCCGGCCUAGCCAUGCUGUAAGCCAGGGCUCCAGGGACCUGACAGCUACGUGCCCUCCCACAGUCUUGGGCAGAGUCCUCUCUCUCCUGGGCUCCCUUGUUUUUCUCUCCACCUACUAGUGGCAGGACUAUGCCGAGGCUCCAGGAUCCGUGCUCAGGAGGUCAAGGUCAAACCGGUGUCUCAGGGAAUGCUAUGGAGACGACGGCAUUCCUGUCCCAGUCUCAAGACAGCAGUCACAUCUACAGAGAAGCAGAAGACAGCGAGACAGAGCUCCAGCAGCAAGAUGGGAAGUCUGGGCUGCUUUCCCAAGAGCUAAGUAAGAGAGAUGCGUCUUCCUCCUCCUCUUCCUCCUCUUCAUCCUCCUCUUCGUCCUCUUCUUCGUCCUCCUCCUCUUCCUCUUCUUCAUCAGACAGCAGCGAUGAGGAUCAGCACCCCAGAGUUCCUGGAAAGCGUGGACAGAGCCUGGGCACAGGACACCACCGCAGGAGCAGCCCAUGUGGGGCUGAGUACAGGGUAGCCUGUAUGACGAAGGAUGCAUUACAGCUCUACAGAGAUGACUCGGGAGAGGUGGUGCCAUCUGAGGAAACAGGACUCCGACAGAGAGGCGUGGGCCCCACAGAAGGAGCUGUGGAAGACUCACAGUUAAGCAGACUGAACAUAAAGAAGGACGACGAGUUCUUCCACUUCGUGCUGCUGUGCUUUGGCAUCGGAGCCCUGCUAGUGAGCUACCACUACUACGCAGAUUGGUUCAUGUCCCUGGGCGUCGGCCUGCUCACCUUCGCCUCGCUCGAGACCGUGGGCAUCUACUUUGGGCUGGUGUACCGGAUCCACAGCGUGCUGCGCGGCUUCCUCCCACUCUUCCAGAAGAUCAGGCAAUUGGUGCUGGUUGGAAACUCAGCCCUCAUAGCCUCUCUGAGCCUCCUGUUUUGUGCCCAGGAUAAUGGGAUUCAGGAGGACGGACUGAGGCCUCUGCUGGGUGGCAGCUGCAAUGGCUUGAGUUUAACCACUGCCUCCUUGAGGCCACAAGGACAGUGACAUUUGGGUAACAGGCAGGAGACCGAGCCACACAAUAAAGAGUACUCUUUUGCCUUCAUGUGGUGUGACUAUUGGCAGUGACUGGACAGGGCAGUACCAUCUGGCAGUGCAGAAUUGAGGUCCUGCUGUUGAGAUGGAGGCAUGUAGGACUGGUCCUGUGCACCUGGAGCAGCAGGAAUGGUUGAGGCUGCUGCCACCACCAGGGCCUGGAACUGAGAUCUCUCUAGGCUCUUGGCUUCUUCCAAAACCUCAUACUGAGUCAUAGUGUGACAGACAGACCACUGCUCUGAUGCAGGUACCACAUGCGGGGUCCCCAAAGUGCACCUGCAAAUAAGAUAUUGAACACUAAAGCCAUAGCAUUUGGGAUCCUUCCCACAGCCCUUCCAGCCAGCGACAAACCUAUUGCCUAGGACUUCAUCAAGAUGCAAGUAAACAUUCUCUCUCCAAAUCUGAAAAGUCAACUACACAUUCCUUUAGUUUCCUUGAACCUGAAGACACAGUUGGGAUCUUUGAACCACCAAGGAGGGCGGGCACUUAUCCUACUGAAUAAAGUGUUACAUGUGGAUAAAGCCUCAGUGCCUUACUUUAGUCUAAGACUUCACUCACAAGGAUAGGAUAGGAGGAAAGGAUUUGUGAACAUGCUUGUGAAAAGGAUGUGGAAUAUGAGUACUCUCAGUUCAACAAACAUCAAAGGAUUGAGAUAAGAUGUGGGAGUUGGCUUUUGGUUGCUGAGACAAAAUACCUGACAUCCGCAAUUUAAAGGAGAGAUUUAUCUGGGCUCAUGGUUUCAGAAGGGUCAGUCCACACCCAGCUGGCUACAAGGCAGAAACAGGCGAGGAAGCAGGGAUGCAGGGAAAGACCCAGAGAAAAGAAACACCCUUUGAAGUCAUGUGACCUGCUUUCUUCAGCUGGGCCCCACCUCCUAUCCACCUAUCCAUCUAUUGGCACAUCAAUGAAUUGAUCCUUUGAUGAGAUUAGAGCCCUCGGAGCUGUGAGUUUGAGGCCAAUCUGGACUACAUAGUUCAAGAUCAGUCUGAACUACCUAAUGAGACCUUGUCUCAAAAAAUAAAAGCUAGGCAUGGUGGCACACACCUGUAACCCCAGUACUCAGGAGGCUGAGGCAGGAGGAUCAUUGUGAGUACAAGACUAGCCUGGGCUGCAAAGUAAACUCAAGAGUAGCCUGAACUGCAUAAUGAGACUCUUAUCUCAUAAAAGGCAAAAUAAAUAAACAAAUAAAAAGUAUGAUUCUGGGUAUGUCUGUGGCUAUAUCUGGAAGUGGUCCACAUACAGGCCAACAAACUGAGGAGGAAGACCCACCCCCCCCAUGGGUGGCACCAACCAAUAGACUUGUUGUUUACAUGGAAUCAAAGGAAAGAAGGAAGAAAUUGGCAAAUAUGUGAAGAGCUCCAACCUGCCUGAGCGGUACAUCUUCUUCUGCUUUCUUCAGCUUCCAACCUGGACUCACUCACACCUGCAACCUUCUGGGGAACUUUCAGGCCUUUGACCUUGGGCAGGUGCUGCAUUCUCGACUCCUUUGUUCUGCUGCUGAGCAGCUACUGUUCUCUAGUGUACAGACAGCCAUUGCAUACUCUCCCACCUCUGACCCUGUAAGCUACCUAAUAAAUUCCUUUGGGUAAUUAUACACA